ACACUUAACAAGCCAUUACUACGCAGUCCAGUAACGAUCGGUCAAGGCAACUCAUUUAACGCCAAGCAACGCAAUAGACAAAUGUGCAUUGUCGGGCGAAGAUCAGAUUACAGAACAAAUAGUCAGGAAACUUGGUCCCCUGCUCAGGCUCCAGAGAAACCUGAGCACAGAUAUCAGCCCCAGCAGUGCGCUGUAGUAUUUCUAAGCCUCACCUGUGCUUUUUUACUGGCUGGCAUCAUCGCUCUCUCUGUCUGCUAUUAUCUUACUGCAGGGCAACUCAGAAAGGAAAUCGGUGCCCUUAUGGAAGCCAAUCAGCAGCUUCAAGUGCAUAAAAGUAACCUCACUGCUCAGGAGUCACUGGAGAGUGAGAACACACAGCUGCGAAAGGAUCGGACUUUGAUGGGUGAGAUUUUACAGUUCCGUAACUUUCCUGUGGAAAAAUAUUGUUCAAACGAGACAAGAUGCUCACACUGCCCAAGUGGCUGGACGUUCUACAAUUCAAAGUGUUACUUCGUGCACCUUGGUCAAACGUGGGAAACGUGGAAAACGUGGAACGACAGUCGUCUUGAAUGCAUCAAAAUGGGGGCUGAUCUGUUAACGAUACAAAACAAGGAGGAACAGAUGUUCAUCAUGAACCUUGCACCCACAUACUUUGACAAAUGGCAUGGUUACUGGAUCGGACUGACUGGAAACGCAAAGGAUUGGGUCUGGAUCAAUGGCUCUUCACUGACCACAGGGUUCUGGGCAGAUAAUGGAAGCCAGACUAAAACUCACGUUUUAACAAACACAGGCCAUGAAACCAAAAUCCUGAACAGCUGGAGAUCAUCACAACCUAGCAUGCUUAACCGGUGGAUCUGUGAGAACAGGGCCCUGCUGUUCUGAGGUCCGUUAGUGGCACCUGCUCUCCGCUGGUCUGCUGGAUGGAGGCCCCUGAUGCUGCUGGGACCAGUUACCUGUGUAACAGUUCUGCCUUCAGACAAAUGUCUGUUAUAGAUGUGAAAAAGCAGAUAAGCGUCACAAAAAAACAAAUAGAAGUUAAGGAAGGAGCAGUGCCUGGGGUUUCAUUUAAGAACCAUGCAUAUGAACAACUUUGUGCAUAAACUGGGCAAAUGCACAUUUUUACAUAUAGGAUGGUAUUUAUCAGUUUCUUCCUGUAUUUCGAAAUGUGCGUAAAUUUAUGGACACCCUUGUCCAAUGUGCAUGCACAAACCCCUAGUGGUGGAUAAGUGUAACUGAAGCAACCAUAUAUGGGCAUACUGUAACUCGCGCGCAACAUGCAUCAAACCGCACCUCAGCUUAGCUGCAUAGACUGGAGAAUGUGCAGAAAUGGAGACCACAAAGAGGCAUUUACCCCUAUAUGCUUAUUCCUAUGUGUAAAAUAUCUUGUACUAGAUGCUUGUGCUGUUAUUUUGUGAUUGUAUUUUGCUGUUACGGAAUAAUGAAUAAAUAAAAACUCUGAAUCGGGGAAAC